AGUUGAAGCAAUUCUGUGUCCGACAUUCUGUUCCCUGUUUUUUUUUUCUUUUUAACGGCAAAUUCGGAUCAGUGAUAGGUACUGGGUUCUUUUUUCCGGUUAACUCCGUGAAGACUACGAGCCGCUGGUCGACCGCACCAACCACCAGCCAAUCAGCCAUUCCUACUGAAUUCUUCGUACAUAUUCUAGCCCCACACUUGCCCGGUUGUUAACCGGAAAAAAGAGCCAUUAAACCGGACACCUACCCCAUCUUCCACCCUUAAAUUUGCCAAAUUUCAUUACCCUCUUGCACUUUAACAAUCAAUAACGUUUUUUCCCUCCAAAUUAAACCAUGUCUUCUUCCAUAUCAAACUAUUAUUGUUCAUUGCUUAAGCUGUAUUGUGAAACCCAUAACCAGCUUCAAGCAAAGAAGCUCCAUUGCUUCCUAAUAAAGACCAUAGUCAACACCGAGACCUUUUUGCUCAAUAAUCUCAUCAGUGGUUAUUAUAAACUAGGAAAUAUUAGUUAUGCACGCAAGGUGUUUGAUAAAAUUCCCCAACCAAAUCUAUUUUCAUGGAACAAUGUGCUUUCUCUUUAUUCCAAAUCCGGGAACUUAGUAGAGAUGGAAAACAUGUUUUAUCGCAUGCCUAGACGAGAUAAUGUGUCGUGGAAUUUGGUUAUCUCCGGUUACAUGAGUUUUGGUUAUUGUGAUAAAGCGGUUAAGGCGUAUAAGUUGAUGUUGAAAGAUGGAAAGGCUGUGAGUUUGAAUAGGAUUACGUUCUCGACUAUGCUUAUUUUGUGUUCGAAUAACGGGCUGGUUGGUUUGGGUAAGCAGAUUCAUGGGCAGAUAGUGACGUACGGGUUUGAAUCUUACGUGUUUGUGGGUAGUCCGUUGGUGGAAAUGUAUGCCAAAGCAGGGUUUAUAGACGACGCGCGACAGGUGUUUGAUGAAUUGCCUGAAAGAAAUGUGGUAAUGUAUAAUACGAUGAUCAUGGGUCUUCUUCGUUGCGGCAUGAUUGAAGCUUCGGAACAGUUGUUUCAUAGUAUGCGUGAGAAAGAUUCGAUCACGUGGACAACGAUGGUUACAGGGUUUGCGCAAAACGGUUUAGACAAGAAAGCGUUUGACGUAUUUAAGGAAAUGAGAACACAGGGUGUCGGUAUUGAUCAAUUUACGCUCGGAAGCAUCUUGACGGCUUGUGGAGGACGUACGGCUCUUAACGAAGGUUCUCAAAUCCACGCGUAUAUCAUAAGAAACGAUAUGUUAGAUAACGUGUACGUCGGUAGUUCACUUGUUGACAUGUAUUUGAAGUGUAAACAUGUUACCUAUGCAGAAAAGGUAUUUAGUAGGAUGCGAUAUAAAAAUAUUAUAACUUGGACCGCACUUAUAGUGGGUUAUGGUCAAAACGGUCAUAGCGAAGAAGCCGUAAGAGUCUAUUGCGAGAUGCAGAGAAAUGGGAUAGACCCGGAUGAAUAUACGCUCGGAAGCAUAAUCAGUUCAUGCGCAAAUUUAGCCAGUUUAGAAGAAGGUGCGCAGUUUCAUGGUCAAGCACUAGUAACGGGUUUGAUUUCGUUUAUAACCGUCUCCAACGCGCUUGUGACGUUAUACGGCAAAUGCGGAACCGUUGAGAAAUCUAAUCAGUUGUUUAACGAAAUGAAGAUAAAGGACGAAGUGUCUUGGACCGCUUUAAUUUCGGGGUAUUCCCAAUUCGGGGAAGCUAAUAAAACGAUAAACCUGUUUGACCGAAUGUUGACCAGUCAACUACGGCCUGAUGGAGUAACUUUUAUCGGUGUGCUUUCGGCCUGUAGUAGGGCGGGUUUAGUGGACAAAGGGCGCGAGUAUUUCAAGUCAAUGGUCAACGAACACGGGAUUGUUCCGGUUUCCGAUCAUUACAGUUGCAUGAUCGAUCUGUUUAGUCGGGCGGGGCUGCUUGAGGAAGCGAAACGUUUCAUAAACGAUAUGCCGUUUAGCCCGGAUGCGUUCGGUUGGUCUACAUUACUUAGCGCGUGCAGAUCUCGUGGUGAUUUGGAAACGGGCCAAUGGGCCGCAAAAUCGUUACAAGAAUUGGAGCCGCAGAAUCCUGCAAGUUACGUAUUGCUAUCGAGUAUGUAUGCGGCUAAAGGCAAAUGGGAUGAGGUAGCUCAGUUACGAAAAGAAAUGAAACGUAAAGAUAUACGAAAAGAACCGGGAUUUAGUUGGAUUAAGUAUAAAAACAAAGUGCACGUGUUUUCAGCCGAUGAUAGAUCGAGUGCGUAUUCAGAACAGAUAUACGCUGAGCUGGAACAGUUGAAUGUUAAGAUGAUACGCGAAGGGUAUGUGCCGGAUAUGAGGUUUGCGCUACAUAACGUCGAUGAGUCUGAAAGAAUAACGAUGCUUAAUCAUCAUAGUGAGAAACUUGCUAUAGCUUUCGGGUUGAUAUUUGUACCCAAGAGUAUGCCUAUACGCGUUGUUAAAAACCUUAGGGUGUGCGGGGAUUGUCAUACUGCGACUAAGUUUAUUUCUAAGAUAACGAAUCGAGAGAUUCUUGUAAGAGAUGCGGUUCGGUUUCAUUUGUUUAAAGAUGGAACUUGUUCUUGUGGAGAUUUUUGGUAAUUUAAAGUAGAAGACAUGUUUUUCCUUUGA